AAUCAACAGAGAGCGCACCGUAUAUAUGUAUAGGUACCUAUCGACAUUCCACGCACCACCUUGUAAGUAUAGGUACUAUUUUGUGCAUAAGUGUCUGGUGCAUGUACCGCGCAGCAAACUCAAAAUUUCAUCGAAAAACCAAGCGCGCUGAUGAAUCAGCAGUACAGUUCGUCGCAAAUGGCGCGACAAAGAGGAGCACUGGACGAACCCGCCAACCUCGAACUCACCUGUGAAAAAUGAAUAAUUCCGAGGACAUCAGCUGCGGAGCCUGAUAAGCUGCUAGGUUUGGCCACUAGAAAAUCCAAGAUUGCUGGAAAAUGAUCAAAUUGAUAAGGGCAGCAGAGCGAAUAUGAGGAGUGAGUGCGCUUAUAAUGACAUAACCUAGAGCCUAACUAUCGAAUGUCGCGUGGCGUUUCUUCGCUCCUGGCACAAAGCGCGAUCGCUAAACAACAUUACUUGUUGCUUCCAAAAUUGCGCACCUAGUCCAGCUAUCAUAAUCGGUGACUCCAAACUCUUAAAAUGCUAGAGACCUGGGAGGAGUUGAAUAUUGAGAAUGUGGCAGGAUGGGUAGCAUCCGCUACUAUGAUUUUUGGUGGAGUUGUACCUUUUAUACCUCAGUGUAGGGAGAUCAAAAGAAAAGGAGAUACGGAGGGUUUUUCUUUGUAUGUCUGCUUAACAUUGUUGAUUGCCAAUACUUUACGUAUAUUAUUCUGGUUUGGGAGGCAUUUUGAGUUACCAUUACUCUUUCAAAGUAUUCUAAUGAUAGCCACAAUGUUCUUUAUGAUCAGAGUUUGCGUCAAUAUUAGAAGUAAACAGCAGAUAACUAAGCAAAAAGAUAGAGUGUUUACUGAUUUCGACACUAAGUUCUUUUGGAAAUGGACAGACUUCCAGUCUUAUGUAGACUUCAUGCUGCUCUUUGCCUUCGUGGGAACUGUGAUGAUGUACCUUUUAAUAGAUAUUCCAAUAUUUGUUGAAUCAAUUGGAUUACUUGCUCUAUUAACCGAAGCAAUGCUAGGUCUUCCACAAUUUAUCAGGAAUUUUAUAAAUAAAUCUACAGAAGGAAUGAGCAUUGCAAUGGUCAUCAUGUGGACCAUGGGAGAUACAUUCAAGACUUGUUACUUCAUACAACGUAGCGCUCCAGUACAAUUCCAAAUCUGUGGAGUUCUUCAGAUUUUAAUAGAUUUAACAAUACUUGCUCAAGUUCAUCUUUAUCGAAAUAACAUACUAUUGAUUAGGUCAUCUGGUAGAAUAGAUUAAGAAGUUUUGGCUAACCAACACAGAAAAAGAGAAAUUGUAUAUAUUUUCGUUUUUGAACUAUUUGUUUGAUGAUAAGUCCUAUUCUAUGUUUAAGGAGAAUGUAUUUUUACACAGUCAUUUGAUUAAAUUUUAUGAAUAUUUUUAUCAACUAUCGUAGUAUUUACCUUCUCUAUCUCGUCAUGUCAUUGUUUGCAAGUAAAAAAUACUAGUCUUUUUAUGAUAAAAAACAUCAUAAAUGAAUUGUAAAUGUAAACUAUAAUUUAUAUUAAUAAUUAAAUUAAUGACUUAUAAAUC